UGCUAUUUUAAUCGGGUUCUACGCUCGAUUACUUCUUCCUAUCCAACAUGUCUGCCUCCGUGUGACAUUUGCUGGCCCUAGGUGAAUGUCCGGGAUUGAGGAUGUUUUUGCUGCGGAGAGUGCUGUGUGAGGGACUGGGUCGGGGGACUGGGCUGCUCCCCGGCUCGGGGUGCUCGGGAGGCCGCCUGACAGGCAGUCAGAGCUGCUUUACUGCAUGGAGAGCCCUGGAAACACGUGAGUGACACCAAAGCAUGACCUAGGGGUGGGAAGACAAGACUAACAGAAUCAGUUUAAUGAGCCCUCAGUUAAUAUUGAUCAUCUGGACUAAGCAAUGCUGUGUGCAUUUUGUUAUUAGAAUACUAUAAAUACUAUAAGAAGCCCCUGGAAUACAUGGUGUGAUUUAUCAAUGACAUGCUGCAUUAUUGCCUUUCUGAUAUUUAUAUAUUUGUGAAUGUGACCAGUUUUGACAUGUAGUCUGCAGUUGGGGGGACUAUGUAGAUAGAAAGUGCACCAUCUUUGCAUUGUGUGUUUACCUUUUCCAGGUAAAGCAGGGACAGGUAUGACUGCAGUGUAUCUUUUUAUUUUAUUUUUUUAAGCCAAUGGGCCAUUGACAUUGUUGACGCCUAACUGGUAACAUUUACUAUUACAAUAUAAGUGUAAUUACAAAAUAUGUUAGUGAAUGCAACUGAGCUUAUCUGCCCAAUCACCUAAUAACAGAUCUAAAAGUGCCAAAAUGUCAUUUUCCAUAUCCCAUUUCACUCUGCUGUUUUUUUAAUUGACCUCUCUUCACAUCUUUGUAUCACCAGGUUUUGAUGUUUAUUUUUCCCUUUUGUUUAGGUGCCUGCAUUAUUCAUGUUAGAAAUUAUGCACAGAUGAAAAAGCAAGGUAAUUAUAUAAGCACUUUCAUAUACUACAUGUUGUGCUCAGUGACUGGAUUGUGGCCUAUCUUACCUUAUUUUAUUUUUUAAUUGCCUAUAGGAAACUUCAUUGUAAUAAAUCCUAACUAAAUAUUAUAGAAUAUAUUAUAAAAGUGUGCACCUCGAUAAAAUCUGAUUUAAUUGGGUUGCUGUAUUCAUUCUUUCCACCUACUUGCUGGUGCUUUUAUAAAUAAUACUAACAAUAAUCGGAUAAACUGGAUAUUUAAACUAUAUAUUUUUAUUUUAUUUUUUUAUUUUUUUUAAUUUGGAGCCAAAAAUGUUUGUGUGAAUUGUCAAUAGUAAUAUAAAAUAAAGUUCUACAACACUUUUACAAAACUUUUCUAGUGUCAAACAAGUCUAGUCUAUUACAAUGGAGAUGGCAGUGUUGCCACAGUAAAUUGAUUAUGGACAGCUGCCUGCAGUGUGAUUUAUAUGAUUUACUUAUCCUGACCAAUGGGAAAGUGGAUUUUAGGAUCUUGCUAAUAAGUGCUAAUAAAAUGCAUGGCAAGGAGAAAUAUGCUGAUAGAUUUUACAAUCCGUAUAGCUGCCAAGAUAAUUUCAUGUUGUAAAAUAUACCAAUAUUUCUGUGGCAACAUAUUUUCCUUUGGAUUUACAAUUGCCACAAGAUACCCCCUAAUAAGGCUAUUUACUAGUAUAACAUGUUUACUAAAAUACCUGUCACUAAUAACUGAUAAAUGCAAGAUUAUCUUUCUGUUAGCAAUGGACUACUUUUACUGGUGUCAUUUAAAUAAUGCUGAAGGGAGAUCAGUACGAUCUUUCAUAUCCUAUGCCGGUGUAUUUAUUUGUGUUUUCUUUUACAUUGUUGCAGAUAGACCAAGCCAGCUUGAUGACUUGCCUCCCACCAUGUUGCAGAAAGAUUAUGCAGAUGUACAGUUAGUAGAGGAGUAAGUGAGGUGUUUGGGAAGGUUGUUGUAAUAGGAAGUGCUUGUGGGUUUAUAUGGAAUAAGAUCAGACCUUGUCAAUGAGAUUGAAAGGUUUCUGAUUAGUGAGGGAGUUAUCUGCCUUCUACUGACACUUUUGCUAUAUGAGUGCACUUGCAGUAAUUCUUUUAAAAAAAAAAAAAAAAAAACAAUUCAAUUCUAUAUCUUUUUUUUUUUUUUUGCAUGAUCUGUGUUAGUUAUAAAGAAUGUCAUAAGACAUGUUCUUAUCUACUAUUUAAACUUGUGUAUCUAGCUCAUAAUUAAAUUACCUGCUUUUCCUCUUUGUUUCCUCUUUGCAGUGUUGAUGAUGUUGUUAAGCGGUUAAUGUCCCUAGAAAUGGCAAGUCAGGUCAGUAACCUGUACUGAAUGUUCUCUGGUCACCUUCAAUAGCUGCACAUAUUAGGUUUAUUCGGUGAAUCUUAAAUGGACCCUCUGUACACCAUAACAGAGGAGAGAAGGCGGAGCCUGGCCCAGCACCGAGGAACAUCGGUGCUGGACUUCGGUAAGUCACUGAAGGGGCACUGGCACUGGAGAAUCCUUUUAACCCCCAAAGUCUGGAACAUGGUUUCUGAUUGCUGAAUGUCUGAGGCUUCAAUCAUGAAGCAAUGAACCAGACGCUGCUGAUAGGUUGAGAGUGUCACAAUUUCCCCAUUUGGAAAAGUGUGUGGUUUAAAAAAAAAGAAAAACUUAAAUGUUUUAAUUGAUCCUCUAGCUGCUCAUUCAUAAAGGUGAGUGAAUAAAAUAUCAGCAUCUGCUUCUCUCCAGAAGCUGUAAUUGGUUUAGCUGCCAUAGUGGGUGCUUUGGUGCCUAGCAGGAACCACGUAAAAGGCAAACCAUUGCAAAAUGGGAACAACGCCAGUGUACUCCUAACAUUAUAACUAUUACAGCAGGCUGUAGUGGGUAUGUUUGGAGUAACCAUUUACAAAUUGCUUGUUAGUGAACACUAUCCUUAAUAGCUACAAUGUAGCUAUAUUAAAAAUAAUAUACUUAAAUGACAAAAGCACAUUCCUGCUUCUAUAUCCAAUAGUUGCACCAACAGCACCACAAUAAUAAAAAAUUAAAUCCUAAUUACAUGCAGAGCUGAAAUUGCUGCCAGCUUGCUUUUUAUAAAUUAAGUUAGACAUACUCAUAAUAUUGGUGUCAGUGGUUUCACAUAUUACACGUGUUGCUUUGAUGUCGUAUAUCAUAUAAUAUGUGCACUUAUUAUACAUUUUUUAAGGUGACAUGUUACCCUUUUUUUUUUUUUUUGGUACCUUUCUGUUUAUAGUCUGACUGAGACUUGCAAGGGUUUUCUUUACACUGAUGACGUUUUGAAUUUUAUGAGCUACAGUGACAAUAUCAGGUUGCAAAAAAAGUUUUAUGCAAGUUACGUGUUGUCCUUGGCCACUUGACAACUUUUUUUUCCAGAGAAAAGUCAGUGUUUGCAUUACUGCCUAGGAACACCUCUAGUGGCAGUCACUCAUACAGCCACUAGUGCUUCCUGGGUACUGACGUUUAGUGUCUCCACUCCAUGCAUCUCCAUGAGGAGAUGCUGAUUAGUGCAGCGUGAUGUUUUUGCCGAGCAUGCGCAAUAGCCCCUCAAUACUUUGCUAUGGAAAGUAUUGGGUUGGCGGAGAUCAUCAAGUUUGAUGAUCUCUGCCAAGUAGGCAGAGCAGGGGUGGGGCCAGCCGAGACGAGGCCAGCACGGCUCUGGAAAUAAGGUGAAUUUAACAGCUUUCUAAAUGAUGAGAAAUGUGGUGAAAAUUACAAUACACAUUACAAACUGUGCAUGCACAUUCAAAUAUUUUAAAACUUACUAUGAGUAAAAAUACUAUAUUAAAUAAACAUCAUAUGAUACCUUACCAUUUAUACUUUCAGAUGUUUUCUACAAUUCAUAUAUUCUGCUUUUGUUUUUAAUGCAGUCAGAGAAGCUCAGGGUGAAAACACAACAGUUAGUGGAGAAGGUCAAGAGAAAUCCAAAUGAUGACAGCUCCCCCGAAGUCAGAAGUGAGUAUAUGAUCGUAGUAAACGCGAUUUGACAUAAAGGGUUUAAAGGGACACUAUAGUCACCAGAACAACUACAGCUUAUUGAAUUUGUUCUGGAGAGUAGAAUAAUUCCCUUCAGACUUUUUGCAGUAAACACUGUCUUUUCAGAGAAAAUGCAGUGUUUACAUUACAGCCUAGUGAUAACUUCCCUGGCCACUCCUGAAAUGGCUACUAGAGGUGCUUCCUAGUUCAGUCCAGCCUAGUGUGCAGCACUGCCAUUCAGUGUCUCCACCCUCUGCAUGCGGACACUGAACUUUCCUCAGAGAUGCAUUGAUUCAAUUCAUCUAUAUGAGGAGAUGCUGAUUGGCCAGGGCUGUGUUUGACUUGUGUUGACUUUGCCCCUGAUCUGCCUCCUUGACCGUCGCUGCCACAAUUAUGGGGAAGCAUUGUGAUUGGUUCAGAACAACACUUCUGCUGAUGUCAGUAGACAGGGGCAGAGCCAGGAGCUGCAGCCUUUAAUUCAAGUAAGAUUUUACUAUAUUUACGGAGGCAAGGAGGGACAGUGGGGCUAGAUGGUGGUUUUAACACAAAGGGGUGAGGAAUACAUGUUUGUGUUCUUGGCCCUAUAGUGUUCCUUUAAGUAAUGAUCUUCUUCCAGACAAUCCAGGUCAUCUUAUGGAGAACUUUGUCCAUGAAGCAUUGAGAGGCAAUUGCAGUGUUGUGUCUUCAUUGAUGUCCACUUUUGUUUGUUGCACAUACAUCAGGAAGAGCACUUUCCCAGCUGUCUUUCUCUUCUAAAAUGUUUUUAAAGGAUGAAUAGGGGACACUCUGUGUACACAUGUAGCACUACAUCAGGCUAUAACCUUUCUUUUUUAAUUUAGUAAUGUCAUAUGAACAAGGACCAGUAUUUCUUAUCAAUUCAUGUUGGAUAGGAACAAUUAAAAGGUGACUCUUUUUCACAAUAAGUUGAUUUUAAUCUGUAAUUACAUAUUGAGCAUUAGUAAGUAUGUCCACAUUCUCUUUAUUAAUGUCAAAACCCUAUUCAAUUAAGUUAAAACUUACCUGGGAUCCACCACUGGAUGAAGUUCUCCUCGCUGGUUUCCACUACCAUCCGACAUCACUACUUCUCUCUCCACGAUCCAGUCAACUGCUUCUCAUACAUAAUCAUUUGAUCUGACCGUACUUACUGGAUGGGAUGCAGGAAAGGUGCUUGGUUGACAAAUAAGGGAAGAAAAUUAAAAAAAACUAAAUACAAAUUUACCAAAUGCAGGGGGAGAGAUGGGACAUUCGAGUUGAUUCUUGCAGGCACACUGCCUGCAAGGAUCGAAGCAGAUUACACCUGCAGUGCUCACUGAGAUAGUUACAUAGCUGAAAAGAGACUUGCGUCCAUCAAGUUCAGCCUUCCAAAAGAAGGCAAAAAACCCAGUUUGAAGCAAAGUUUUGCAACAAGCUAGGAAAAAAAUUCCUUCUUGACCCCAGAAUGGCAUUCAGAUUUAUCCUUCGAUCAAGCAGUUAUUACCCUACAUUGAAAGAUUAUAUCCUUGACUAUUCUGUUUUUGCAAGUAUGCAUCUAGUAUCUGUUUGAACAUAUGUAUGGACUCUGAUAAAACCACUUCUUCAGGCAGAGCAUUCCACAUCCUGAUUGUUCUUACAGUAAAAAAAACCUUUCCUUUGCCUUAGACAAAAUCUUCUUUCUUCCAGUCUAAGCGCAUGGCCUCGUGUCCUAUGUAAAGUCCGGUUUGUGAAUAGAUUUCCACACAAUGGUUUGUAUUGGCCCCGAAUAUAUUUGUAUAAUGUUAUCAUAUCCCCUCUCAGGCGACGUUUUUCUAAACUAAAUAGGUUUAAAUUUGUUAACCUUUCUUCAUAGCUGAUAUGUUCCAUUCCUUUUAUUAAUUUUGUAGCCCGCCUCUGCACUUUUUCUAGUGCCAUAAUAUCCUUCUUUAGAACAGGUGCCCAAAAUUGCACAGCAUAUUCAAUAUGGGGUCUUACCAGUGAUUUAUAAAGAGGCAAAAUUAUAUUCUUGUCCCGAGAAUGAAUGCCCUUUUUCAUGCAUGGCAAUACCUUACUGGCCUUGGCCACUGCUGAUUGACAUUGCACAUUGUUGCAUAGUUUGUAGUCUAUAACAAUUCCCAAGUCCUUUUCGUGUGUUGUUAUCCCUAAUUCGCUUCCAUUAAGGGUAUACGUUGCUUGUGUAUUCUUUACGCCGAAGUGCAUAACUUUGCAUUUUUCAACAUUAAAUUUCAUCUGCCAUUUGAGUGCCUAGUCCCCCAGUCUAUCUAAAUCCCUCUGCAGCAAAGUAAUAUCUUGCUCACAUUGUAUUAUUUUACAAAGUUUUGUGUCAUCUGCAAACACUGAAACAUGACUUUCAAGGCUGUCUUCAAGAUCAUUUAUAAAUAUGUUAAAUAGAAGGGGUCCCAGAACAGACCCCUGAGGGACACCACUUGCCACCUCUGUCCAGCUUGAAAAUUUACCAUUAAUGACAACUCUUUGUACUCUAUUUUUAAGCCAAUGUUCUACCCAAGAACAAGCAUUUUCAUCUAGACCGAUUUUCCUUGAGUUUGAACACUAAUCUAUAAUUGUAUUUGAAUUUUCUGGGAUUUUCUCGAACAGAUGAAGUGGUCUGGGUGCCUAAAGUGUCACUUUAAAGGCACCAAGACCACUUCAGCUCAUUGAAGUGGUCUAGGUGCAGUGUCCCAAGUCCCUUAACCCUGCAAUGGAAAUUAUUGGAGUUUUUGAUAAACUGCAAUAAUUACCUGCCAGGGUUAACUUCACCUCUAUUGGCUGUCUUACAGACCGCCACUAGAGGGUCUUUUGGUAGCCUCCCUGACGCUAGAAGUUUUUAUGCAAUGCAUGAGGACUUCCAGCUUCACCCAAAACCCUAUAGAAAAGCAUUAUACAGUGCUUUACUAUGAGGGAAGUCCUAAUGCGAGUGCAGCGAUCUGCAUCUGACAUCUGCUGGAGAGGAGCCUGAACCAGGGCUGUGGCACAUCGGCACUAGAAUCAGAUAAGUCCUCGUUUUUAACCCCUUCUGCACCACAGGUGUAGUUGGUGGGGAGUGGUACUAUAGUUUCCCUUUAAGAUUAUUAUUAUUGACCAGGCACUUUAUCUGUGAAUUGCUAGUCAAAUGUUUUUAUUGAAAAGUUUUUUUCAAAAUAUUAAUUUUAGAAACUUUGGUUUAAUUUUUUUAUUUAUUUUUUUAAUUUUAACAAGGGGGGAACAAAAAGAAAAGUGGGGCAAAGCCUUCGGGUAAUGUUAAUAAUCAAACAAUGCAAUUUUUCAAACUAUGCAAUUGCACAAUCAGCGCAACAAUAUUUUAAAAUAUAUGCAAAGUAACUGAAGAUAUAUAAUGACACAAUUAUAGAAUUAAGUAUCAAAACAGGUCAAUUAAGGGUAUAAAUAUAGGGAAUAUGAACUUUUAAUAUUAUCUUCCCCAUACAUUCCAAAGAAAUCUUAAUUGGUCACUCAUAGAUGAUUGUUGUCUAAGUGCCAUCUCAUAGCGUUUAUUAUCCAAUAUCCGUCUAAAGCUUCUUUAAGGGUGUUAUUUUGUCUGUUUCCAAUAUCUGGGUGUAGACAAUAUAGCUGUGAUUAUAUGUCCAAUCCUAUUUUUUUUUUUUUAUUGUAUUUGAGUUUUCUGGGAUUUUCACGAACAGGCACAAAUCUGGUGUUGACGUCAAAAUGGAUUUCUCAUCCUGUGUAAUAGAUUUCACAAUGCCUGAUAAAUGGAACCGUGUGGCCGCCACGUGUUUGCUCUCAUUUUGUACUAAACCUGUGUAGUUGGUUUAUGGCAAGUUUAAGUAAAUGACUCUUAAAACAAUUAACUGUAACCCUCACACACACACUGAUUUGGCUUGUUAUAUCUAUCUAUCUAUCCAUCUUAUUUGGCGCUCUCCUCUCAAGUAACUGCCUCGGUGAUUACCCACACACAUAUAAGAUUCCAAUAAAUGGUAGCAUUAAGUGGUACCAUUUGCUAAUAAAAUAUAUAAAUGUAUGGAUUAGUAAUUAGUAGUAGUCCAUCAGCCCAUGGUAGCUUUUUGCCAAAAGACUCCAGUUUUGUUAUUGAUAUUUCACAUCCUUGUGGGGAAUGAGAUGCAUGGUGGAUGUGUUGAAUUAGGUGGUAGAACGUUAAGUACAGAUAAGAUAAUGAGUGUUUUACAUACUGAAGUGUCUCCUAGUGUUCUGCUUUCCUCUAAUUCUACACUAACUUUGCUUCCACAUGAAUACACAUAAACAAGUGUUUAUGCAAGCCUUCUUAUACUAGUUACUUUCACCAGUCCGUUGUUGCUUACAUUUGCUCUGUGCAGUCACUUACAAGAAUCCAGAGAGCUCUCUUUGAGAACCAUUGAGAUUUUCCUUACUUUUCUUGUGUGAUUGAGCAAAAUGUGUUUAUUGCUGUGUUGAGAAAUUACUGUUUCUUUAUUUCCCUUUUUUUACCUCAAAUGCUGAAAUCUUUCUUAAUUACAACACUCACAUGUUCUUUUGUCCUUAGUAAACCAAAUGGAUUAAAUAAAUAAAUAAAAAAAACACCUAAGUGGGUUAUUACUUAAAGGGACACUCAAGGCACCAAAACAACCUCAUCUAAAUGAAGUUGUUAUGGUGCCAGGAGGCUCCUGGAGGCACUCUUAACUCAAGGAGUUAAAUCGUACUCUAACAGUUUAACUCCUAUGUUGUCUCCAGUGGCAAUGUCUACUCCCUCCAGACUGCAUCAGGCUUCAGAAUUUUUAGAUUCAGCAAGAAUGGAGUUCCGCUGGGCAGAGGCACUGCCGAUUGGCUGAGAGCCGUCAGCUGACGCUCUCAGCCAAUCAGUGACUCCCCAUUCACAAAGCUGACUUGCAAAUUGUAUGUUUCUUUGAAGAGCUCUGUAAAAAUGGAGCUAUGACAACCCUUUGGUGGUGUAUAGGGGAAGGCAUCAGAAAUACUGCAUAACUGAAGAAGGGUAGCAUCCUAUAUGAGGGCCUUUAACUUGAAGUCUAAGAGCAGAAAGUUGAUCCUGUCAACUUUAUAUUGUUUCUAAUAUAUUUACAUAGAGUGGGUGAUCCUCUAUCUCUGGAGUCUAAGCCCUUUUUAUUAGAUAUCGUAUAUUGUGCAAUAUAGAAUAGUUCCAGGUUUGGAAAAACCUACUCCGAUGCUAAAAAUGGGUUGAGGGGGUAAAAAAGGGUGUAACCCAGAGCAAAUGGCAGAAAUAAACCAAAAAACAAAUGAGAGCCUAAAAGAAGGAUCCUAACCUCACUAAGAUACCUCCAAUGUUAGAACAUUCUAAGGUAAUAGCAAAUAAUAACUUUAUUAGUAACAGAGAACCAAUAACGCACAAUGUGCCCCUCAACAAAAAGUGAGGUGAAUUAAAUAGUCAAAAUCUAGACUACUUAAUGCAGUUAAAAAGAAUGGGGAGUCAAGGGUUAAACUGGGAUGGUCUACAAAAGGGCUUAGUUCGCUAAGUGGUAAUUGCAAAUAACAAGCAACCAUAAAAGUCUUGUAUUUAAAUCCCUUAGUACAACCGGUAGGUGCUGAAGUAACUAUAAAUAGUAGAGAUGGAUGAACAGAGGGGCGCAAAGACAAUACAUAAAUAAGAAUCCCAGAUUUGUUAUAUAUAACAGGAGGUUCCUUAGAAAGAGUACCUGUAGUUCUUAGAUGUUAUUAAUUGGGUAUUAAAGUGUAUAUACUACACACAUAUACAUCACUUUUUGUUGAGGUGCACAUUGUGUGUUAUUGGUUCUCUGUUACUAAUAAAGUUAUUAUUUGCUAUUACCUUAGAAUGUUCUAACAUUGGAGGUAUCUUAGUGAGGUUAGGAUCCUUUUUUUAGGCUAAGGCCAUCCAUUAGUUUUUUGGUUUAUUUUGCAAUAAAGCAUCUUUGUAGAAAAAUUGCAUCUUUGACUAGGUGUUGAGGGACAUAUUUUCCUGUUUCUCUUCCACUAGUCUCAGUUGGGUAAGAGUGACCAGAGUUACAGUCCAACAAUUUAUGUAAUCCUGGAUUUUAUAGACUUGAUAAAGUUGCUUACUCCUAACGCACUUCUCUUCUUGCUGUAGUUGCAAAGAUGACAGCCAGGAUCAGGAAUUUCCAAGAGCACAUUCAAAAGCAUCCAAAGGUAAGCAGACAUGGAAAGUGGGAAUAGUUUAAGGAUUGACUGCUUGUAUCAUCCCAUCUUGAGCCAUAUGGAUAUUUACAUUUCCUUAGAUCAGAUUAUGUUGAGGUGAGCAAACCUAGAACUGCCUGACCUGUGCAUGAGUGGUUACUUUCAUUUUAUUAAAAUAAGUUCAGUAAUCCAGCACAAGUUAUAACAGCACUAACUCACAAAGACCCUCCCCAAUAAGAGUGAAUCUCACCAAUAGUAAACAAAUCCCAAUGGAUACCAAUUCUAAGUUAUCAAUAUAAGCACAAGAGAACUAGAUAGCUCAAAGAGAGCGGGGAUGAGGGAGGAUAAUCAUGUAUGCAUUAAUGCAUUAAAUGCAUAAGCAUCUUCUUCUGUGUAUUCUCUGUGUGCACUGGCUAUUGCCACUAUUCUGUACUGACAAUUGUAUUAAUAGAUGAAUGAAAGCUUAAACUUUUACUUGCCAGCUCAAUUUUAGACAUCUAAUACAGCAAAAUCAUAUUUCCAAAGGGAAUAAACUUUAUGUUCCUUUUACACAAAGUUUCUGGAAGCAAAUGCUGAUAUGCAAGGAAAAAUUGAGUUCUGUCCUAUGGCAGAAAGGUCCAUAUUGGAGGAGGAUCCUGUGUGCGCUUCUACUUAAUAAGGGAGUCCUGUUUUCAAUACCGCAAGGAACUGAGAUGGAUAGGAUUUUAUUUAAAUGUGUAACAGCCAAUGCAGUCGCUGUAUUGAGGUGUUUUGGAUGCCCUUCUCAUUUAGGCUUAUUUUUUUUUUUUUUUUUUCACUACUGUUUCUGUUCAUGCAGGACAAGGCAAACAAACGCAAAAUGUUGAUGUCCAUGGACCGACGCAAGAAAUUGCUAAAAAAUUUGCGCCUCACAAAUUAUGAUGCAUUUGAGAAUGUGUGCAAACAGCUGGGCAUCGAAUAUACAUUCCCCCCAGAGUACUACAGACGGGCCACUCGUAGGUGGUUGGCAAAGAAAGCACUGUGCUUAAAGGUAAGGCUAACUUCUUUGUUGUUUACAUGGAUUCUGUUCUGCAUUGAAUAUAAUGCUGGUGCAAAGGUGAUACAAGGUGAUACAUACAGGUUUUGCCAAAUUAUUGAUUGGUAGUGUCUUAAAGGCUGGUGGUUAGCUCUGCCUCCAUGGCUGUGAUCACCAAUCUUGAUGAUUCCUAUUGGAAAGCAUUGGGAGGAUAUUGCACAUGCGCUGCAAAUUGCCCAGCUGUGCCAAUCAGCAUCUCCUCCUAAAAAUGCAUUGACUCAAAGCAUAGUAUGGGGAACAUUCAAGGCCAGUGCUGCAUACUGUCCAACACUGGACUUGGAAGCACCUCUUGUGGCCCUCUGAAAAUGCAGCGUCUACAGUUCUCAGCCUGCAGGCUAUAGACACCAGAACCACUACAUUAAGCACUAAUGGUUCUGGUGGCUAUAGUGUCCCUUUAAUUUUUUCCAGUUUGACUAUUUUGGUCUAGAAUUUUACAUUUGUUUUGAAUCCUGGAGAUUUCGAUUUAGUGGAUAACUGUGAUUAAUUAAGAUCCAUGCUACUGCUUUCAUAGCUGACACCCAUUCCUAUUUUCUCUUAUUGAAAAAUGAAAAAGUCCAGACUAAUAAUAGAAAAGAAAAUUAAAAUGUUUAUAAAAUCUUUUUUUAGUACAGAACUCCAAUAAAAAUAGUAAUAACCUUGGUAUGUACAAAGUAAAAGUAAAAUAAUAAAUGAUGAAAUGACAGUGAUAACUAAUCUAAGAAACAUAACUGAAGUAUUUAAAAUUUUACUUGAGGGAAAAAAAAUGCCAUAUGCUAACUUUACCUAUGGAUAUUGGGUGUAUAAUUGCAUUCUUUAUUUAAACCCAUUGGUGUGAAAGUUUUUUUUAAAUGUGUAUAGCCAUUUGCAUUCCUUUUGAAGUGAUUGUAAAUUGAAAUGACGCUUUCUAGGAUUAGGAAUGAGUCUCAGGUUAUCGGGUUACUCCUUUAUUAUUUUGCUUUAGAUGCUCGCUUCUGAUUUUAUUAACAAACUACUUGCCUUAAGUUCCUCAUAAUGAGCCAGAAAUACAUGAUUAAAUUUUGAUUAGAUUUGCUUAUACCCUCCAAGUUACAUCGGGACAGAGCCUGUUCGUUACUGCUAGCUACAAACCGUUUGAAUAUAGCAUAGACACAGUUUAGUCAAAGGCCUUAUUAUUAUCUUGUCUGCCAUCCCUGCAAUUAGCAUUAUGACCAUAUACAGGGAGUGCAGAAUUAUUAGGCAAAUGAGUAUUUUGACCACAUCAUCCUCUUUAUGCAUGUUGUCUUACUCCAAGCUGUAUAGGCUCGAAAGCCUACUACCAGUUAAGCAUAUUAGGUGAUGUGCAUCUCUGUAAUGAGAAGGGGUGUGGUCUAAUGACAUCAACACCAUAUAUCAGGUGUGCAUAAUUAUUAGGCAACUUCCUUUCCUUUGGCAAAAUGGGUCAAAAGAAGGACUUGACAGGCUCAGAAAGUCAAAAAUAGUGAGAUAUCUUGCAGAGGGAUGCAGCACUCUUAAAAUUGCAAAGCUUCUGAAGCGUGAUCAUCGAACAAUCAAGCGUUUCAUUCAAAAUAGUCAACAGGGUCGCAAGAGGCGUGUGGAAAAACCAAGGCACAAAAUAACUGCCCAUGAACUAAGAAAAGUCAAGCGUGCAGCUGCCACGAUGCCACUUGCCACCAGUUUGGCAAUAUUUCAGAGCUGCAACAUCACUGGAGUGCCCAAAAGCACAAGGUGUGCAAUACUCAGAGACAUGGCCAAGGUAAGAAAGGCUGAAAGACGACCACCACUGAACAAGACACACAAGCUGAAACGUCAAGACUGGGCCAAGAAAUAUCUCAAGACUGAUUUUCCUAAGGUUUUAUGGACUGAUGAAAUGAGAGUGAGUCUUGAUGGGCCAGAUGGAUGGGCCCGUGGCUGGAUUGGUAAAGGGCAGAGAGCUCCAGUCCGACUCAGACGCCUGCAAGGUGGAGGUGGAGUACUGGUUUGGGCUGGUAUCAUCAAAGAUGAGCUUGUGGGGCCUUUUUGGGUUGAGGAUGGAGUCAAGCUCAACUCCCAGUCCUACUGCCAGUUCCUGGAAGACACCUUCUUCAAGCAGUGGUACAGGAAAAAGUCUGCAUCCUUCAAGAAAAACAUGAUUUUCAUGCAGGACAAUGCUCCAUUACACGCGUCCAAGUACUCCACAGCGUGGCUGGCAAGAAAGGGUAUAAAAGAAGAAAAUCUAAUGACAUGGCCUCAUUGUUCACCUGAUCUGAACCCCAUUGAGAACCUGUGGUCCAUCAUCAAAUGUGAGAUUUACAAAGAGGGAAAACAGUACACCUCUCUGAACAGUGUCUGGGAGGCUGUGGUUGCUGCUGCACGCAAUGUUGAUGGUGAACAGAUCAAAACACUGACAGAAUCCAUGGAUGGCAGGCUUUUUGAGUGUCCUUGCAAAGAAAGGUGGCUAUAUUGGUCACUGAUUUGUUUUUGUUUGUUUUUGAAUGUCAGAAAUGUAUAUUUGUGAAUGUUGAGAUGUUAUAUUGGUUUCACUGGUAAUAAUAAAUAAUUGAAAUGGGUAUAUAUUUGUUUUUUGUUAAGUUGCCUAAUAAUUAUGCACAGUAAUAGUCACAUGCACACACAGAUAUCCCCCUAACAUAGCUAAAACCAAAAACAAACUAAAAACUACUUCCAAAAAUAUUCAGCUUUGAUAUUAAUGAGUUUUUGGGGUUCAUUGAGAACAUGGUGGUUGUUCAAUAAUAAAAUUAAUCCUCAAAAAUACAACUUGCCUAAUAAUUCUGCACUCCCUGUAGUAUUGCCAGGUUUAUUUUAGCUGCACUCAAAGGCACAUCUAAGUUGAGGGUUGGGUUCCUUUCAUAACUAGUUAAAAUUGUGUCCUGUCAUUUUUCCAGUGGGCGGAAUGGGGGAGAUACUACAUAACUGCUUACGUUUUAUUUCUUUUGGAUAUACCAGCAGUGAACUAUUUUUAAUUCAUAACUGUCCUUUCGAAACUACCUUUUUACCCCUCAUACCGAUAUGCAGGAUUGAUACAGUUUGUUAGUAUCAUCUCUCCUGUUAACCUUUCUUUAGUCUUUGCAUCUAGACAUCAUUCUGUUAAUCUUAGAUUGCACUAUAUAUUCUUAUGCACUCAAUAUUAACACUACCCUACCAAUUCUGAAGCAACUCUGUGGCUAUCUGUGCUUUUUAAUUGUAACAGUUGCUGUCAUUAAUUUGAUACUAUUUUUUUCAUGUAUGUUACUAGUUUUUUUACUCUAAGCAAUUAGCCUCUUACUGUGUACUCUGAGCUUACAUGAAUUAUCCUCUCUUUGUACAUACCUGAGUUAUUACUAUUUUUAUUGGAGUUCUGUACUAAAUUGGUAUAAUUAAAAAAAAAAUUAUAUAUAUAUAUAUAUAUAUAUAUAUAUAUAUUAAAAGUUUUAACUUUUCUUUUAUUCGUCUGGACUAGAACUUUUUCCUUUUUCAAUUCCAAUACACUAUUAGGGUUACCCCACUUUCACUGUCCUUGUGAUUCUCUUGUUUUUGUUAACAGAAGAGUGGAUCAUGUUCAUAAGCUGGUAAUUUAUAGAAGCUUCCUCAAAGUGGCCAUCUGGAUAAUAAGGGGUGUUAAAAAAAGUAUGAAGAAACAGACAUUCUGAUGUAAUUCUUUAAUAACCCAAAACUAGCUCCAUCAAAAUUUCUUAUUUACAUCCCUAAAUUUAAACAUCUUGAUUUAUCCAUUUCAAAAUAAAAUGUAGAAAUCCACUUAAGUUAUUCAUCUUUAUUUUUUGUAGAUACUUUUAAUUAGAGCUUACAUGUUUUUGUACUUAUAGCUAGUUACUGGUAAGAUUUAAAGGUUUUCUUGUUUCAUUUCCACAUAGGUAUAUCAAGAGACAAAGCGACUUCAAGCUGCAGGUCUUUUAAAGAAGAGGAGAUCAUCACAAGCUAAGACUCAAGAAAACCAGGGAACUCCAGUGUAAACCAAAUUUCAUAAGAAACGAAUGCAUGAAGAUUUCGGAGUGGACAUCUCAUCUUGUAUAAUUCUGCAUUUCAUUAGCAUUUGAUGCAAAACAUUAUUACAAACACUGUUCAAAAUCUUUUGUGACACCAUUUAUGACGCCAAACUGUUUCCCUCCUAUGUUAUUUUUUUAUAAUACAGUAAAUUAAAAUAGAAAAAACACUGUACUUUUCACUAAUUGCUUAAACUUUAAAAACAAAUGUACGCAUGCUGGAUGAAAGGUGUUUUUUUUUUUUUUUGUUUGUUUUUUUUUUUUCAGGGUUCACCCCCCCCAAGAAAAUUUACAGUAAAUGCUGAAUGGGGAAACAAUAUACACACUUUAAUAUCUAAAGGAAAACUUCAAGCACCAUAACUGUAGUAGUUAUGGUGCCCGUAAUGUCCUGGAAAGCCCCCUGUCUUAUUGUAAGUAGUCUCUACUUUGUCUCCGUAUAUCUCUUGACUGGGUUGAAAUUCCAGUGAAACACAGACAUAAUGAGGAUUGCAUAAAGAAUAUAUCUUUAUAAAAUACUAGUUUUUAAUACUGGGUUGGCAGUGCUGCUUUAAGGAGUGAGACGUGGUUAACUGUUAAAACGUAUCGUAACCACAAAGCAUAAUGGAGAUGGUGUGACAGUAAAGGCAGGUUGCAUAACGUGGCAAAACAUAUAUUUGAUUUUGCAAGAAAUGAUUGGCAAUCCAAAAACAAUUCUGCUAAUUACUUAACCAAACGUUAUGUUCAUGCUUGAAGUGUGUCUUUAACGAGGCUCACUUUCCAGAAUUUUGUAACAACAAAAAAUAUCCCAAAGUAUAUUUUGUUACUGUAUGCUUAGCACGUU